UCAAUCUUUCAAUCGCAUGUCUGCCUUCUGUGGUUUUGUGCCGACUAACCUCAAUUAUCCUUAAUUUUUUGAUUUCGUGGCAGAUUCACGUUUCGUGUCAAAAGACUUAAAUAUGCGUUACGUGGCUGCUUAUUUACUUGCCGUACUGGGGGGCAAAGCCUCACCAACAGCCGCCGAUAUUGAGAAAAUCUUAGGCUCUGUUGGUAUAGAAUCAGAUUCAGAAAAACUAAAGAAAGUGAUUUCUGAACUAAAUGGAAAAUCAGUUGAUGAACUUAUUGCCCAAGGACGUGAAAAAUUGAGCAGCAUGCCUGCAGGUGGUGGUGCAGCUCCAGUUGCAGCAGCUGCUGCUGUCGAAGCACCUAAGGUUGAAGAAAAGAAAGAAGCUAAGAAGGAAGAAAAGAAAGAAGAAUCAGAAUCAGAAGAUGAAGAUAUGGGUUUUGGUCUCUUCGAUUAAAAUGUAUAUGUUUGUACAUUGUGAUUUUAUGGUUUGACCUAUCCUUAAGUACAACAAUAAAACGUUUUCUAUAAA